UACACCUUGCUCCUUGGCCAUCUACUGAACUCAUAAUGUCCUCUGAAUAACCUUACGGCCACGUCUACUAUGUACGAACUAGCUAUUGUGCUGUGCCUGAUCUGUAUAUUCUAUAUACUCGCAGUGUGCGGGGUUUUCGGUAAACGUCUAUUUGAUAUCUUUAAUGAACUAUGGCAGAUGCGCAGGUCAGCACCAUCCUAGCCAAUGCUCAGCGAUUUUCUAUAGACUAACACAAUCCAGAGAAAUUGCCGGGCAGCUUCCGGUUUGAUCUGUCUGACACAUCGGUCCGUUGAAGAAGCACGACCUUAGAUACACUCGAGCCGCGUCUUAUAGGCAGAGGCUGACGGGGCAGGAUGCUU